ACGUGAUGUAACUUUUCGCGCGAAACUCUGCCCUCCUUGGUGGACGUCGUUGUUCGGUGCUGUGGGUGCAUUGUUUCGUAUUUCGAGUUUAAUACACUCGUUUUGAAUCACAUCAGCAUGGAUGUUGCCACAGCGGCCGCAGAGAAUGUCGGGGAGAUGGUGAAAGACGAGUUGGCGGACAAGUGUCAGAAGUUGUUCCAGGCUUUUUUGGAGGAGUUCCAGACUGCGGAUGGAGAAGUGAAGUAUGUCCGUGAGGCAGAGGAGCUGAUCCGACCUGAGAGGAACACGCUGCUAGUUAGCUUCAUUGAUCUCGAAGUCUUCAACCAGGAGCUGGCAACCACCAUCCAAGAGGAAUAUUACAGAGUGUACCCCUUCCUCUGUCGGGCCGUCCGCAACUUUGCGAGGGAUCACGGCAAUGUUCCUCUCACAAAAGAGUUCUACGUGGCACUUGAAGAUCUGCCAACUAGACACAAAAUUCGUGAGCUGUCAUCCAUGCGCAUCGGCACCCUGGUGAGGAUCAGUGGUCAGGUUGUGAGGACGCACCCCGUCCACCCUGAACUGGUCAGCGGCACCUUCCUGUGCAUGGACUGUCAGGCGGUGAUCAAAGACGUCCCUCAGCAGUUCAAGUACUCGCCACCCACCAUCUGCCGAAACCCGGCCUGCAGCAACCGCUCGCGCUUCCACCUCGACACGCACAAGUCCAAGUUCAUCGACUUCCAGAAGGUGCGUAUCCAGGAGACGCAGGCCGAGCUGCCCCGCGGUUCAAUCCCGCGCUCGCUGGAGAUCGUCCUGAGAGCCGAGGCGGUGGAGACCGCUCAGGCCGGCGACCGAUGCGACUUCAUUGGCACGCUUAUUGUGGUGCCGGACGUUUCACAGCUCAGCACUCCUGGUUUGCGAGCUGAGACCAGUACCAGGGUAGGUGGACCUCAGCGCUCCGAGUUGGAGGGUCUGAGGGGAUUGAAAGCUCUGGGAGUUCGAGAGCUGUCCUACAGAUUGGCCUUCCUGGCCUGUAAUGUCACGCCCACCAACCCUCGGUUUGGCGGCAAGGAGGUGCGGGAGGAGGAGCAAACGGCCGAGAGCAUCAAGAGCCAGAUGACCGAGCGAGAGUGGGAGAAGGUGUUUGAGAUGAGUCAAGACAAGAACCUGUACCAUAACCUGUGCACCAGCCUUUUCCCCACCAUCCAUGGCAAUGACGAGGUGAAGCGCGGCAUCCUUCUCAUGCUGUUCGGAGGCGUCCCCAAGACGACCAUGGAGGGAACCUCGCUGAGAGGAGACGUCAACGUCUGUAUCGUGGGAGACCCCAGUACUGCCAAGAGCCAGUUCCUCAAGCAUGUGGAGGAGUUCAGCCCCCGAGCCGUGUACACCAGCGGCAAGGCGAGCACCGCUGCGGGUCUAACAGCCGCCGUCGUCCGAGAUGAAGAAUCUCACGAGUUUGUCAUUGAGGCCGGAGCUUUGAUGCUGGCUGACAACGGCGUGUGCUGCAUUGAUGAGUUUGACAAGAUGGACCUGAAAGACCAAGUGGCCAUUCACGAGGCGAUGGAGCAACAGACCAUCAGCAUCACCAAGGCCGGAGUCAAGGCCACCCUGAACGCUCGCACAUCCAUCCUCGCUGCCGCCAACCCCGUCAACGGACGCUACGACCGCAGCAAGAGUCUGAAACAGAACGUCAACCUGACCGCCCCCAUCAUGAGCCGCUUCGACCUCUUCUUCAUUCUGGUGGAUGACUGCAAUGAGGUGACGGAUUACGCCAUCGCCAGGCGCAUCGUCGAUCUCCACUCGCGAGUGGAGGAAUCGGUGGACCGGCUGUACUCGUUGGAUGAAAUCCGGAGAUACCUGCUGUUUGCCAGGCAGUUUAAACCCAAAAUUUCCAGCGAAUCCGAGGAGUUCAUCGUCGAGCAGUACAAGCGGCUGCGGCAGCGCGACGGCUCGGGCGGCGUGACCAAGUCGGCCUGGAGGAUUACCGUGCGCCAGUUGGAGAGCAUGAUCCGCCUUUCGGAGGGCAUGGCCAGGAUGCACUGUUGCGAUGAGGUACAGCCCAAACACGUGAAGGAAGCGUUCCGUCUUUUGAAUAAGUCCAUCAUCAGAGUGGAAACGCCUGACAUAAACCUGGAGCAAGAUGACGAACAGGAAGAGGAGGAGCACCCAGAGGAAGGAAACAUCCCGAACGGAGUGAACGGCGAGGUCAACGGAAUAAACGGGCACGUCAAUGGCAUCAACGGGCUCGUCGACGGUGUGAACGGCCACGCUGAAGCUGGCAGUCAGCCCAAACCGUCCCUGCGUCUGUCAUUCGCCGAGUACCAGCGCAUCUCCAACUUGCUCGUCCUGCAUCUGCGCAGAUCAGAAGAAGCCGAGGAAGAGGAGGAACUGAAGAAAAACGCAGUGAUCAAUUGGUAUUUGAAGGAGAUCGAGUCCGAGAUCGACUCGGAGGAGGAGCUCAUCAACAAGAAGGGACUGAUCGAGAAGGUCAUCCACAGGCUGGUGCAUUUUGAUCACAUCCUCAUCGAGCUGUCUCAGUCCGGCCUGAAGGGCUCCGAGCCGGCAAGCACAGAAGAAGAGGCGGUUCUGGUCGUCAAUCCCAACUACACCCUUGAAGACUGAACUCCUAUUUGCCCUCCUGCAGUUUCGUUUCCGUUAUACAACCGCAAGCUCUGACAGAAAAUUUUUGUUUGUUACCCUGGUGUUGAACAUCUGCUUAUAUGUCAGACUAUGGAACGGUAGCAUUGACCGUGGCAACUCUUGUACAAAGAUUUGAUUGUGCUGUUCAUCAAAAAAAUUGAGGUUUACUUGUCACAUUUGAUGUAAAUAUGCUGUGCAUC